AUGGUCCCAAUAUUAAACUCUGGUAAUCAUUUGGGAUAUGUGCUGAUAGGAUUUGGCUUGUUCCUCUCAGCAACUGCUAUAGUAGCUUUGUGUGCCAAACAUGCAGGCUUUGUUUCAAGAAAGUGCAACAAAACCAGUAAUCCAAAACUGGUCCCUAAAUCACCAUUAGCUUCCCCCAAGGAGCUCCUCACAAGUAUCAGCAACAAGGCUGUCCCAUUCAUCUACAAGAAAAAGGGAGGUGAUGAAGCUGGAGCUGAAACUGGGGCCUGCAGAGUGGAGGAAGGAACCGGGGAAGGUGGCUUGUGGCAGAAGUCAAUCUUGAUGGGUGAGAGGUGCCAGCACCCAGAAUUUUCAGGUGUAAUCUUUUAUGAUGGUUAUGGAAAUCAAGUCUCUGAGCCUCCAAGGACACCUAGGGCCAGCCCCUUGCCAAGUUUUUCUUAUCCAAUGGCUAAAGGUGCAAGCUAG